AUGGCAAUGGUAAUUACCAAUAAGUUAAAGUACGAUACCCCGAUCCUGCGCAUGGGCGGAGUCGACAUUGGCAUGUCAAAUGAGAUCAAGGUGCUCGGCCUGACGAUCGAUAGGAAACUGACCUUUAACAGUCACGUUUCACAGGCGUGCAGGAAGGCAGCUGGUCUUUACAAAAUGCUUGCCAGCCAGAAAUUAGGUGUUAGGAAGCAGCUGGGGACCAUCCAGCGUAGCUUUACGCAUAAAGCUGACAAAGGCAUACAGGACUGCCUCUCAACUCGACGCUGCUGCUCGCGGGAAUACUCCCCUGACAUAAGAGUGAGGGAGACUGCACUCCUUUACGAGGUCAAGAGGGGGUACUCCCAGCGGGUGGUGGGCGAUCGGGAGAUAGAGGCCCCUGUAGCCUUUGCCAGCCUGGACCACCCGGCGGAACGGAGCAGCGGGAGUUUCCAAUGCCUGGUUGACGGAGCGGAACUGGCUCAGCACGUCGGUGAGGGACUAAGUAUCUUCACCGACGGAAGCAAAAUUGAUGGGAAAGUCGGAGCGGCGCUGUCCAUUUGGAACGGCGCCGCCGAGACGAGUACCAGAAAAUUGCGGCUUGAGCCAUACUGCUCCGUCUAUCAGGGCGGAACUUCUCGCUCUUUCGCAAAGCCGUGGAGGAAGCGCUCCACAGCGGGCUUCCUACAAGCUAGUAAACGCACCCAGAAAAUUAAAUUUUUCUGGGUGAAGGCACAUGUGGGGCUGGAGGGAAAUGAAAGGGCGGAUGAGCUCGCUAAAGCGGCCGCACUGCACCUGAAGACCCGUGCGCACUACGGCAAAUGUCCGGUUUCAUUCGUCAAGAGGGAGAUCCGUCGGGCCUCUAUUGGCGAGUGGAGCCGGAGAUAUGCGGAUGGAGAGACGGCUUCGACGACGAAGCUGUUCUUUCCAGACGCCGCCGAGGCGCAUAGGGUCGUCAGGAAGAUCGUUCCGGAUCCGCUCCUGACGCAGGUGUUCACUGGGCACGGCGGCUUCUCCGGAGUACCCGCAUCGAUUCAAGUGCAAGGAGAGUCCGGCGUGCCUAUGUGA